CCAAUGUUUGUUCUAACAGAACUCAUAUUUUGAUACAUGAAACUGAAACUCUUUGCUGUGCUUACAGUCAAGGUUUGACAGUUGCUGUUGUCUGCCCCCACAAACACACAGCCAUACCAGGUAAAUCCAGAGGCAUUCAGAUUAUUCAGUGGUUAAUGGUUGUUUUAAGCUGCAGAUUAACACUGAGAUACCGUUCCUUCUGUGGGACUGAAUCAACCUCUACAGCUGUGGAGCGGGGUUUAUCUGCUAAUGCAUAGAGCUAGCCAUCUGGGGUACAGAGAGGUGGGAGUUGGACACACACACACAGAGAAACAUUAAUUCCAGGUCUAAUGCAUUCCUGUAUCAGUUUCAUGCAUAGGCAAGGGUCUUGCCCCCAACAAGGCUGCUUCUUUCAGGUAGAAGUGAGGCUUUCUCAGGUGGGCUGAGUGCACUAAUCCACUCUGGGCUCUAAUCCAUUUGUUAGCUUCUCCCACAAUAUCCCGUAAUAUAACUCAGCCCAACCAUAUUUAUUCCUGUAGGAACAGGGCAGAGUGACUGCCCUGAUGCCUUUUUCAGAGAGUUAUGUUUGGGUCUGUGUUAACAAGCUGUGUAAAUGUUCAUGAAUGAAUUUGUGAAUGAAAAAUGUCUCUGUUGUCUGCAUUCUUUCAGGACCCUUCUCAUAGAUCAACCAGAAUUCAGCACCAUUUUCUGAUGUGGUGUCCCAUUCCCGAGACGACCAGACAUGUUCGGAGGUUCUCUCUCCAACAUCUAAUCCAUGCUGUUGUUCUACCUCGUCUCUGUGUUCUUAAUACUAAAGGCCGGAAAUGAGAAUGCUUUAAUCCAGUGUGCUGUGACGUGACUUUGGCCCCAGUCUCAUGAGCUCUCUGUAGUCUGUCUUCCACCACUCUCCAACAAACACACAUACACACAUCCUGCUGUGCCCUCAGUGGUGAGCCUUUCCUCUCUGGGUUAAUCCAGUGAGUGAGGCUGUUUGCUGUGCUGCUUUGGAGCUGGCAGGCCGAUGAUAGGACUCCUCCCGGGACACUGCCAGCACCACCCGCCCAGGGAUUAGUCAACUGUGGAGGACAUCAGUGUGCGCUGCUCUGUGGAGGACAUCAGUGUGCGCUGCUCUGUGGAGGACAUCAGUGUGCGCUGCUCUGUGGAGGACAUCAUUGUGCGCUGCUCUGUGGAGGACAUCAGUGUGCGCUGCUCUGUGGAGGACAUCAGUGUCUGCUGCUCUGUGGAGGACAUCAGUGUGCGCUGCUCUGUGGAAGACAUCAGUGUGUGCUGCUCUGUGGAGGACAUCAGUGUGCGCUGCUCUGUGGAGGACAUCAGUGUGCGCUGCUCUCUGGAGGACAUCAGUGUGUGCGGCUCUGUGGAGGACAUUAGUGUGUGCGGCUCUGUGUGGGGCUGUGUCUGGAGUCCCGUGGUCUGGUUGAGUAUGAGGAGGCAUCCCAGCUCCGUGACCCUGCUGCUUGUUACACUGUGUCUAUGUCUGACCCAGCAGGGCUCAGCUGCAGCCAUCCCCAAAUCAUGUGCGUCCAUCUACAAGAGCUUUGCCCAGUGUCUGGUCUCCCUGGGAGACAGCCUCGGGGGCUCACAGGACGACCAGAACACGCAGGACAUUGACACAGUGUGCAGGUCGUGGGAUGCGUUCCAUGUGUGUGCAAACACAGCGCUGGCUGGUUGCCCCGGAGAUGCGGCAGGUGUGUGGGAAUCUCUCAGACAGGAGUCCAGGAAGACACAGUUUUCUGGAAACCUCUAUGACCUGUGUGCGAGCCUCACAACAGUCGCCCCCAGCACCAUUCCGGCCCAGAGCCCGCCCACGUCAGACCAGACCAAUCAGGAAACUCUGAAAGGACACACACAAUGCCAUAGACCUGCUGUCACUGUGUUUCUACUCCCAGCAUGUACAUCUCUGAUUCUCCUGCUCUGGACCUAGCCCUCUGUGCUCAG